AUGCCGCCUCUUCUCGCUGCUGCUGCCGCCUCUCCGCUGCUGCUGCUGCUGGUGCUUCUCCUCUGCGGCGCUGCCCAAGCGGCGCCCGCCGGGCACGAGGUCACCUACCUGCCGGGGCUGGCCAAGCAGCCCGCCUUCAAGCACUACUCGGGCUACCUGGACGCCGAGAGCGACAAGCACCUGCACUACUGGUUCGUGGAGGCGCAGGGCAAGGGCAACGCAAACAAGCCCCUCGUGCUGUGGCUGAACGGUGGGCCCGGAUGCAGCUCCAUCGCCGGCCUCUUGACAGAGCAUGGGCCCUUCACGAUUCAGCCUGAUGGAUCCACUCUGGGAUACAACAGCUAUGCCUGGAACAAGCUGGCGCACAUCCUGUACUUGGAGUCCCCCGUUGGGGUGGGCUACUCCUACUCCGAUAGCCAAGACUACCGGACCAACGACACCGAGGUGGCUCGCGUGAACUACCUGGCCUUGAAGGAGUUCUUGCGCCUCUACCCGGAGCACAGCAGCAAGGACCUCUUCCUCACCGGGGAGAGCUACGGCGGGAUCUACAUCCCCACGCUGGCGCAGUUGGUCAUGCAGGACCCCAGCCUCAACUUGAAGGGAAUCGCAGUGGGCAACGGACUCUCCUCCUACGAGACCAACGACAACUCCCUGGUUUACUUCGCCUACUACCACGGCCUUUUGGGGAGCAGGCUCUGGUCGGACUUGCAGGCCUCGUGUUGCUCUGGCGGGAAAUGCAACUUCCACGACAACAAGAACCUGAACUGCACUCUUGGGAUGGCGGAGGUGAUCCGUAUUGUGGACGAGUCCGGCCUCAACAUCUACAACCUGUAUGCCCCGUGUGCUGGCGGAGUGCCGGGAAGCUACAGGUACAAUGAUGGGAUGCUGGUCAGCUACGACCUGGGCAACAACUUCAUUCGGCAGCCGCUUCGUUCCUCUUGGCGGGAGUUCCUGCUCACCUUGCCGGUCUCAAGUAACAAGGCUCGCCUGGACCCCCCCUGCAUCAACACCUCGUCCCCCACCACCUACAUGAACGACCCCCAGGUGCGCAAGGCCUUGCACGUGAAGGACAAUGCCCCGGAAUGGCAAAUGUGCAGCUUCCCCGUCAGCCGGGGUUACAAGCGCAUCUACAUGACGAUGAACGACCAGUACCUGAAACUGCUUGGCACCAUGAAAUACCGCAUCCUGAUCUACAACGGCGACGUAGACAUGGCCUGCAACUUUCUGGGGGACGAGUGGUUCGUGGACUCCUUGCGCCAGAAGGUGCAAGUGGCCCGGCGGCCCUGGAUCUACACCGAUGAGAAUGGGCAGGACCAGAUUGGCGGCUUCGUGAAGGAGUACACCAACAUCUCCUUCCUCACCGUCAAGGGAGCAGGUCACAUGGUGCCUUCGGACCGCCCAAGACCCGCCUUCAACAUGUUCCAGCGCUUCAUCACGGGGCAGCCCUUCUAGCCCUUGCCUCGUGGCGCCCUCUUCUGCCUCCGAGGGGAACUGCGUCCU